CCCCCUUCCUCUUCUCCAACCUCUCUCGAGUGAAAAGCUAGAGCACAGCUCUAGCCCGAGGCCCCAUGACCUCCCUCGCCGACGUCCUCAAAAUCUCCAUCCUCGGAAACGACUCUAUCCACGUCGGCUUCCACCUCCUCCCUUACAUCUUCCGCACCAUCGUCACGACGCUCCCCUCGAGCACGUACGCCCUCAUCACCGACACCAACCUCGCGUGCCUGUACCUCAAGGACAUUGAGGAUGCGUUCAACACUGCCGCGGCCGACGCCGGCUCCAAGGCCCGCUUCCUCACCUACCAGGUCGCUCCCGGAGAAGGCGCAAAGUCGCGCCAGGUCAAGGGUGACAUUGAGGACUGGCUCCUCGACGAGAAGUGUACCCGCGACACUGUGAUCCUCGCCUUUGGCGGCGGCGUCAUUGGCGACCUUACUGGCUUUGUGGCCGCUACCUUCAUGCGAGGCGUCAAGUUCGUCCAGAUCCCGACGACCCUCCUCGCCAUGGUCGACUCGAGCGUCGGCGGCAAGACGGCCAUCGACACGCCGCACGGCAAGAACCUCAUCGGCGCAUUCUGGCAGCCGAGCUACAUCUUCAUCGACCUCGCCUUCCUCUCGACGCUCAACCAGCGCGAGUUCUCCAACGGCAUGGCCGAGGUCGUCAAGACCGCGGCUAUCUGGAAGGCCGACGACUUUGCCCUCCUCGAGUCGCGCGCCGAGGAGAUCUCGUCCGCCGUGUCCACCAAGGCUGAGGGCUUUGCCGGCCGCUUCGAAAAGGACCGCUCGGUCGCCCAGGGCCUGCUGCUUACUGUCGUCUCGGGCUCGGUCUAUGUCAAGGCCCACAUCGUCACCAUUGACGAGCGCGAGACGGGUCUCCGCAACCUUGUCAACUUUGGCCACACGAUUGGCCACGCCAUCGAGGCCGUCCUCACCCCCGCCAUCCUCCACGGCGAGUGCGUGUCCGUCGGCAUGAUCCUCGAGGCCGAGGUCGCCCGCCAGCUCGGUCACCUCAACCAGGUCGCUGUAGGCCGCCUCACCCGUGCGUGCGCCGCCUACGGCCUCCCCGUUUCCCUUUCGGACCGCCGCAUUGCGAGCCUCCCCGCUGCGUCGCAGCUCACCGUCGACCGCCUCCUUGACAUUAUGCGUAUCGACAAGAAGAACUCGGGCCCCGCCAAGAAGAUUGUCAUUCUCUCCCGUAUCGGCAAGACGUACGAGGAGAAGGCCACCGUCGUCGCCGACGAGGUCAUCCGCAAGGUCCUCUGCGAGGCCGCUAUCGUCAUCCCUGGCGUGCCCACCAAAUCGCCGGUUACGAUGGAGACGCCGGGCUCCAAGUCCAUCUCGAACCGCGCGCUUGUGCUCGCCGCGCUCGGCAAGGGCACCUGCCGCGUCCGUAACCUUCUCCACUCGGACGACACUGCCGUCAUGAUGAACGCGCUCGCCGAGCUCAAGGGCGCAGUCUUUGGCUGGGAGGACGGAGGCGAGACCAUUGUCGUCGAAGGCCACGGCGGCAAGCUUUCGCCCCCUCCCAAGGGCAAGGAGCUGUACCUCGGCAACGCCGGCACUGCUGCCCGCUUCCUCACGACCGUCUGCACCAUUGUGCAGGGCGAGGGCUCCGAGGACAAGUCUACUGCCAUCACUGGCAACGCGCGCAUGAAGCAGCGCCCUAUCGGCCCGCUCGUCGACGCGCUCCGCGCCAACGGCGCCAAGGUCGACUACCUCGAGGGCCAGGGCUGCCUCCCCCUCAACAUUGGCACUGACGGCCUCCGUGGCGGUCACAUUCAGCUCGCCGCCAGCGUGUCGAGCCAGUAUGUCUCGUCGAUCCUGCUCUGCGCGCCCUACGCCAAGGAGGAGAUCACGCUCGAGCUCAUCGGCGGCCAGGUCAUCUCGCAGCUCUACAUUGACAUGACUAUCGCCAUGAUGGGCCAGUUCGGCGUCAAGGUCCAGCGCAAGACCGACGCUGCCGGCAAGCUCCUCGACGUCUAUGUCAUCCCCAAGGCCACGUACAUCAACCCUCCCGUGUACAACGUCGAGUCGGACGCUUCGAGCGCCACCUACCCCCUCGCCAUUGCUGCCAUCACUGGUACCACGUGCACCAUCUCCAACAUUGGCUCGUCCUCGCUCCAGGGUGACGCCCGCUUCGCCAAGGAGGUCCUCGAGCCCAUGGGCUGCAAGGUCGAGCAGACCGAGACCUACACCACAGUCACUGGCCCUCCUAUCGGCACCCUCCGUGCCCUCGGCAACGUUGACAUGGAGCCCAUGACCGACGCCUUCCUCACCGCAUCGGUCCUUGCCGCCGUGGCCACUCGCCCCUGCCUCCCCGGCCGCGAGGUCGAGGGUCUCCGCCCCGAGGGCACCCGCAUCUACGGUAUCGCCAACCAGCGUGUCAAGGAGUGCAACCGUAUCAAGGCUAUGCGCGACGAGCUCGGCAAGUUUGGUGUCGAGACCGACGAGUUUGACGAUGGCAUCAUCCUCUAUGGCAAGCCUCACGAGAGCCUCGCGCACGGCGUCUUGGUUCACACCUACGACGACCACCGCGUCGCCAUGGCCCACGCCGUCCUCGCGUGUCUCAUCCCCGGCACCGUGCUCGAGGAGAAGCGUUGCGUUGAGAAGACGUGGCCCAACUUCUGGGACGACCUCCAGAACAAGAUUGGCAUCGACUUUGACGGUGUCGAGCUCGACACGCGCAACCAGGCGUCCACCUCGGGCUCCAAGCCCCAGCAGGACGAGCACCCCGUCUUCCUCAUCGGCAUGCGUGGCGCCGGCAAGACCUACAUUGGUCAGAUUGCGGCCGAGGUCCUCGGCGGCGAGUACACCGACGCCGACGACGUCUUUGUCAAGGAGACCGGCAAGUCGGUCGCCGAGUUUGUUGCUGCCAACGGCUGGCCUGCCUUCCGCGAGACCGAGACCAAGAUCCUUGCUGGCUUCCUCGAGGAGAAGCGCGGCAACCACGUGAUUGGCCUCGGCGGCGGUGUCGUCGAGACCGAGGCGGCACGCAAGCUCCUCACCAACUAUGCGGCCAAGGGCGGUGUCGUCGUCCACAUCACCCGUGAGCUGGAGGACAUUGAGGCCUUCCUCGACAAGAUUGGUGGCACGGCCCAGCGCCCCAAGUGGGGUGAGGACUUUGCCGACGUCUUCCGUCGCCGCGAGCCCUGGUACCAGGCAUGCAGCAGCCACGAGUUUGUCAACAUCCUCGACCCGGUCGGCAAGCAGACGCCUGCCGAGCACCACCGCGCCAUGCGCGCCGAGUGCCAGCGCUUCUUCAACUUUGUCACUGGCAAGGACGCGAACCGCCCCGUGCUCACUGGCCCCAACGCCAAGCCCACGGCCUUCCUCUCCCUCACGUUCCCUGACCUCACGCCGGCGCUCGCCAACAUUGAGACGCUGACUGAGGGCUCGGACGCCAUCGAGCUCCGCGUCGACCUCCUCUCGCCCACUGGCAAGGCGCCGACCGAGCCCACCCUCCCGCCGGCGUCGUACGUCGCCAAGCAGCUCGCUCAGCUCCGUCUCGUCUCCGGCCUCCCUGUCGUCUACUCUGUCCGCUCUAAGGACCAGGGCGGUUGGGCCCCUAGCAACGACGCUGCUGGCUACGCUGCCCUCGUCCACCUUGGCCUCCGCUCCGCUGCCGAGUACGUCGACGUCGAGCUGGCCUGGCCCGCGCCUGUCAUCGCUGGCAUCCACGGUGCUCGCGGCCAGUCUGCUCUGAUUGCCUCGUGGCAUGACUGGACCGGUAAGAUGAAGUGGGACGGCCCCGAGGUUGCGGCCAAGUACGUCGAGGGUGACAAGCUGGGCGACGUUAUCAAGAUUGUUGGCACUGCCACGAGCUCUGCCGACAAUGCCGCGCUCGCGCUCUUUGCCGACCGCAAGCGCGCCGACCCGGCCGCCAAGCCCCUGCUUGCCAUCAACAUGGGCGCUCUGGGCCAGCUCUCGCGCGUCAUCAACCCCACGCUCACUCCCGUCACCCACGCCGACCUCCCGUCGCGCGCUGCCCCUGGCCAGCUUACGGCUCGCGAGGUCAACCAGGCGCGCGCGUUGAUCGGCCUCGAGCCGUCGCGCAAGUUCUUCCUUUUCGGGUCGCCGAUUGCGGCAUCCGUCUCGCCUACCCUUCACAACUCGGGGUUCCAGGCACUUGGAUUCCCGCACGUCUACGACCGCCACGAGGCGUCGACUGUGGACGCGGGUGUGCUCGCCGUCCUCAACGACCCCGCGUUUGGCGGUGCGAGCGUGACGAUCCCGCUCAAGCUGGACGUUAUCCCUCAUCUUGCCGAGGUCUCGGAGCACGUCAAGGUCAUUGGCGCUGUCAACACGAUCAUUGUGCGCGAGGGUGCCAACGGACGCGAGCUCUACGGUGACAACACUGAUUGGGCCGCCAUCCACGAGGCCGCUCAGCGUAACCUGUCGCCGGCCCUGGCAUCGGGACCUGACGGGCUGACCACUCUUGUUAUCGGCGCUGGUGGUACCUGCCGCGCGGCCAUCUACGCGCUUCACCAGCUCGGUGCGCGCCGGAUCCUGUUGUUCAACCGAACUCGCGCCAACGCCGAGUCCGUCGCAGCGUCGUUCCCCAAGGAAUACAACGUUGUGGUGGUCGACGCGCUCGACAAGCUUCCGGCUCAGCCUGGCGUGGUCGUGUCGACCGUGCCUGGUACCAGUCUCACUGCCGACUCCAGCAGCGAGGGCAUCUUCCUUCCCUCGUCGGUGCUCUCUGCGCCUGGCGGCGUCGCGAUCGAUCUCGCUUACAAGCCGUACAAGACUGCUCUUCUCACCACGGCCGAGAGCGCGGGCUGGGCCAGCAUCAGCGGGAUUGAGAUUCUCACUCUGCAAGGAUUCCGUCAAUUCUCUCUGUGGACUGGCAAGCCAGCGCCAGUGUCGGUUAUGCGCAACGCGGCCAUGGACAAGUACUUUGCUUCAGCCUAGACGCCAGAUGGCAGCAGGCCGUGUCAGCGGGCCCAAGGCCGACCAGUGCUUUUGACCGAGAAUUAGUUGGUGCAG